CAGCCAGAGGUGUUGAUCUAAUAACCAAUCCGUUGUAAGGUCACAUCAUGCCUGAUCACUGGAGCGAGACAUUCAACCCGGUUGCUUGGAGACGGAGGACUGAGAGCGCGCUUGGCGUAACUCUAUCCAGAGAAGACAUUGGGAUCCAACUUUACUCGGCCAACAUGUGCUUUCGAGCAUUAGAGAUCGUUUCAUAGCAUUCGUGUUUUUAGAUUUAAAGGUGAAAUCGACAACGGCACAAUGUCCUUUUCCAUGUUGGAUCACAGGAAGAUCGCCGUUACGCGUAAUCGUGUGGAUAUCUACUGAUCACUCUUCGCCGUGUUAAACAUAAUGCCUAGCCGUCAAAAGAAAAUCAUUUUCUCUGUCGCUGGCGUGCUUUGCUUUGGUUGUGUUCUGGUCGUGGCGGCCGCGAUGGGGACGCAGUUCUGGGUUCAAGCGGCGGUUCUGUGCAAGACGGGCGCGCAGAUCGUCAACGCGUCUGGAGCAGAGCUGGAGAAAUUCAUCGGAAGGACGAACUACGGACUUUUCCACGGCCAGGGCAUGAAACAGUGUGGUCUGGGAGACAGACCUUUUUAUUUCUCUUUUUUCCCUGACCUGAUGGACGUGGGCCUGGCCAGUCUCCACGUGAGCGUGAUCUUCUUCUGCGCGGUGCUCAUCGUCUUCUCCUCAGUGUCCUGUGCCUUUUUCUUUUACAAUGCUUUCGGAAGCCCAUAUGAGACACUGCAUGGACCCCAGGGCCUUUACCUCUGGAACAUGAUAAGCUGUUUCUGCUCCUGCAUGGUCCUCAUCCUGUUCUCCUCGGAGGUGAAGCUGCACCACCUGACCGAGAUCAUCUUCAGCUUCAACGAGGCCAGCUUCGUCUACAAGACACAAAACGAGAGGUACGACAGAUCCUUCUGGCUCAUCUUCCUCACCUUCCUCACGCACGGCCUCAGCAUCUUGCUCAUCCGCCUGGCCGGGAUCCAGUUCCCCUUUCAGGAGGCCAAAGAGUCCGAUGCGAGCACAGGAGCGGCGGAUCUCAUGUACUGACCAGCCCUUUUGUUUUACUUCCUCCCCUGCACACGACAUCCUACCGCAGCGACUGCCACUUCUCAAUAGGAGUCUUCCGAAUAGCAGCAUCCGUUUUGUUUACGGUUGAACACAUCUGAGCCUCUUAAGCCAUUGAGACCAUGUGUGGGGAUGAACUUGGAGAUGCCUGCGUGUCUUAUCUCGCAGCGGGGAGGCAUUCAUUCUGUCAAUCACUCAGACAAUUAACGCUCACGAUUUCAAACGGCUGAUGAAAACACCCUGUAGUUCCAGUCUGGCUGGGGACAUGACAGUUUCCUUUGGUUGCGGAUCUUUUAUAAUCACAAAAGGAUGCAAUUGACAAUUCUACAGUGACCUCAGAAACUGUUUUGACACUUAAGCCACACGUAAAUAUAUAUGAAUGUCUUUGCAUUACAUAACAAAAUGUCAAACCAAGCGCCAUUUGUUUUUAAAAUAGUACAGGCACACUUUUUAAACAGAACAUUGCACCGAAAUACGUUUGUUUGACUUUAUUAAUUCACUACUACUCACCAGACAAUUAAAAGCAUUAGCAAAAAAAUCGUUUUCAUUACUUAAAAUGAAAUCAUUAACUGAGAUGGAAUAAAAUAUUUUUAAAAAUCUCAUUUGUUUAGUUUGAAGUACUAAAAUCCCCUUAAUUAAAUACACUAAAAUUAAAAACUGAAACUAUAGACAUAUCAAAAAAUAAUAAUAAAUGACAAAAACACAACACAUUUACUCAAAUUAAAAUGAAAACAGAAAAAAAAAACUAAUUCAAAUAUUAACAGACCUAUAAUAGUAUAUUAUUGAUAGUAAAAUAACUUCUGAGAUUCUGAUUCUGAUUCAUACCCUUCUGAUUCUGAGAUACGGUCUAGUAUAAUUUGUUUACGGAUGCCACAUGAUUUGAUAUUUUCUUAUCUAAUGCAAUGGCAUUCAUCCAUUUUAUGUUUUCGUGGCUUUUUAGGGCCACUGUAUAGUUAUAUUCAAAUUUCUGUUUUUAUAUAUGCCGAGUAUUUAAAUAAAACAUGCAUGGAAAUGCAUGAAACAUUAUAAAUAUAAUAAAAUUAUGUUGUAUAAUUUCAUCAUUCAGGCAUAUGCAUCCAACUAUAGCCAUGGCUUUAGAAUACCAGACAGAUGUAACAACUGAUAUUGAAUUUUUCACUUAUUUGAUGAUCAAUAUGGAUUUAAUGUUCUCAUUAACUUUUCCACGUUUAACUGAUAUUGUAUUGUUUUAUUGUAUUCGCAUAUUUGAUAUAUUCUUCUCAUUUGUGUCCUGUGUGUUUAGACACUCACGUUGUGCCAAUAUGCAUUUAUUCAUAAUAUAAUGUGAUGUUUAAUAAAUCAGUUUUUGGUAUUUAAGCACUGAAAUGUUCUCAAAUGCUAUUUUCAAACUGAGAAUUAAAUUAAAGUGGAUUAAUUAUAAUAAUUAAAAAUGAGUGUAAAAAGUAAUAAGAAUGAAAGGGCCAAAAAAAAAAAAAAAAAAUAUAUAUAUAUAUAUAUAUAUAUAUAUAUAUAUAUACAAAAAUACACAAUUAUGUAUUGCAUAGAUGUGCUGUAUCCAUUCUGACACUCUGUAUUUCAUGAUUGUUAUUGGAGACUGUAGCUUUUCUGGUCACUAUGAAUUCUGUGCCUUUACUCGGAAUAAAAUUAUAUGAACUAUAUUCUAGUUUCACUUUCUUUAUAAUGCAUUGCUUUUAUAAACAGACAUAAACAGUUUGUACAUUUACGAACAUUUUAUGUACA